CUGACCUUUGCUGGUAAAAUCUUUUGAGCCUAUAGUUCUGUUUGUUGCACCAAAACCUUUUUACUUCUUUGUGUUGGGAGAAAAAAAAAAUCACACUUCCAUUAUUUGCUGCUGCCCAUAUUUCUACCAUCCUUUAAACCUCAGUCCUACUGGCUUUCAUUCUGCCCGCAAGAGUUUAGCACCAAAAAUCUUUUUCUGAUUCAGGUGGAAGAUGCCAUGAACGCUGCUGCCUUGCAUUGCAUUGCGUUGUGACUCCCUGCAUCUCUGCAAGUCUUCCAGUGACAGCUGUACAUUUUGACAAAAGUUUUUUUUUUUUUUCAAGACCUGAAGAAGAGAAGCAACAACAGGCACACAAUGUUUGGAAGUCAUCUGACUGGACUGACCCUGCUUUCUGAGGACAGAAACGUCAGAUAUCCCAGAGAAGGAUGUCAACAGCAGAGCUCGCACAUGUUCCAUCCCUGCAGAACGUCCUCAUUGUCGAUCUUCAGGACAACUGAGUCUUCUGUUUGCAUCACUGGCUGGCCUGUGCUGAUGCUGAGGGAGGCAGUGGGGACGUAUUCUGAAAGCAUGUGUCUAAGGAUGAAGCCAGUCUCAUGGGAUAGCCAUGUUUUGUCUCCAUGACAGCUAUAUCACUCAGCCCUCUCUGCAGUGACCCCUGCACAGCAAAGGAUGCUGGGAAAUAAUGAGCACUUUUAUCCCAGUCAGGAUGACAAAGAUGGGGAGGAUGAAGAGGAGGAAGAGGAGCAGGGAGGAGAAGACAGAGAAGAUGAAGGUGGACGUGACACAGAGAAUGGAGGAUUAGAGGGUCUGGAGGAGAAGGAAAUGACGGGAGGACGGCAAUCCUGGGAAGGGAAAGGUGGCGAGGUGGUGAAACCAGCAGCCAUUGUGGUCGGCAGACAGAGAGUAGACCGGCCACUGAGGCCGGGCAACCUGGGCAACAGGGGUAUCAAUUAUAUGCCCAAUCUAGGCCCAGUACAUCAACAAGUUGCCAAUAAGCAGCAGCAGCAUCUGUUGGCAGCAAAGAGACGAGCUCUCAUGGAGCGCAGCAUGACCACAGUGGCUCCGCUGGAGGACACUUUCCUGACCAUGAUGGUGUUCCGCAUCGGGAUUCCUGACAUCAAACAAACAAGGUGUCUCCAGUUUGACCAGGACUGCACGGUGUGGAACGCCAAGCAGCAGAUCAUCUGCUCCCUCAACGAGUCGCUGUGGGAUGCCUACAACUAUGGCCUCUUCCAGCCCGCUGGAGACGGGCGGGACGCCAAGUUCCUGGAGGAGGAGCGACCCCUGCGGGACUAUUCACAGUCCUUGGAGAAGGGGGUGCCUUACCUGGAGUUUAGGUACAAAACCAGAGUUUAUAAACAGACCAAUCUGGAUGAAAAGGCUCUCGCUAAACUCAGCACAAAGGCCAGUCUGAAGAAGUUUCUGGAUUACGUUCAGACAGGCGCAAUAGAGAAAAUGGCAAAAGUCCUUGAUAAAGGUCUGGAUCCAAAUUUUCAUGACCCUGACACCGGAGAGACCCCGCUGUCUGUGGCCAUGCAGUCGGGCCUGUCGGUGGAGGGCAUCAGGGUGCUGGUUCAGGGCGGCACUCACCUCGACUUCAGGAGCAGAGAUGGCUUCACAGCAUUGCACAAAGCAGUUCGGGCUCACAAUCAUGCUGGGUUGCUGGCUCUCUUGUCCCUCGGAGUGUCUCCAGACCACAAAGACCGCUGUGGCCUGACCCCGCUGUACCACACUGUGCUGACAGGGGGAGACACCUCCUGCUGUGAGACUUUGCUGUAUUACAGGGCGAGGCUGGGGACGAGGGAUGAGAACGGCUGGGAUGAGUCCCAUCAGCACAGGGAUGAAGAGGAGUUUGGAAUGGAAGAAAUACAUAAGGCUUGCCAGAAUGGCUUUGCACAGCACUUGGAGCAUCUGCUGUUUUAUGGGGCAGACACCACUUCUCAAAAUGCCUCAGGGAACACUGCACUUCAUAUCUGUGCCCUGUACAACAAGGAAAGCUGUGUCCGUGUUCUUCUGUACAGGGGAGCAAAUAAGGAGGCAAAAAACAAACAUGGUCAGACCCCUUUUCAGCUAGCUGUAAUGUCUGGUCACUUUGAACUCGGGGAAAUCAUCAAAAACCACAAAGAUUCUGACAUAGUGCCCUUUUUGGAAUCGCCAAAGUUUGUUCCCAAGCGAAAAGAGAGCUCCCACACCCUGCCUCUCCCUUCGCAUCUCUCCCAUCCCCUCCUGCGUGCUAAUAGCGAUAACACCAUGACCCAGUCCGACCCUAUGGCCCUCCCCAACAAGGCUGCAACCAACCCCAACCCAGGACAGGGCCAGCGCAGGGCCUCCAUCGGUAUGAGAAGCUCCAGCAGCCCCAGGACUCGUACUCGCUCCCCCUCCAGAGGCAGAGGAGGCCAAAGUGACACAGAGGAGAGGCACCGGCAGCCACGGGGGAGACAGGGUGCGACCUCAGCGGGCAGCGGGGGAGCUCAGAUGAAGCGUAUGUACAGUGCAGUUCCAGGACGAGUGUAUGUAGCCACUCGCGCCCACUCUGCUAGUGGAGACAGAGAGCUGUCGCUUAAUAAAGGGGACAAAGUUAAAGUGUUAAGUGUAGGAGAAGGAGGAUACUGGGAGGGAACAGUGAAAGGUCGCACUGGCUGGUUUCCUUCAGACUGUGUGCAAGAGGUGGCGGCUCCCAGCAAAGACAAUCGAACAGAGACCCGCAGUGAGAAAGCCAAGAGGAAGCUUUUCCGUAACGUCACUGUCGGAGCCUACGAUGGCACCGAUGGCCCCAGUGACUACAUCAUUAAGGAGAAGACAGUGCUCCUACAGAAGAAAGACAAUGAGGGCUUUGGCUUUGUGCUUAGGGGAGCCAAAGCUCAGACUCCCAUAGAGGAGUUCACUCCAACGCCAGCAUUCCCCGCGCUGCAGUACCUGGAGUCUGUUGAUGAGGGGGGCGUGGCGUGGAGAGCGGGCCUGAGGAUGGGGGAUUUCCUCAUCGAGGUUAACGGCCAGAAUGUGGUGAAGGUUGGUCAUCGGCAGGUGGUCAACAUGAUCCGGCAGGGCGGCAACAGUCUCAUGGUGAAAGUUGUGAUGGUUGCUCGGAACCCUGAGCUGGAGGACACGGCUCGAAAAAGAGCCCCGCAGCAGACUAAAAGACUGACUCCUCCUGCCAUUGCCCUGCGCUCCAAGUCAAUGACAUCAGAGCUGGAAGACAUGGUCGACAAAGCUGCCUCUCCGUGGAAAAAGAAAGCAGACUACGAGUCCUCUCAGGGUCCUGAUAAGAAGAGGACAGUCUAUCAGAUGGCGUUAAAUAAACUGGAUGAAAUCUUGGCUGCUGCCCAACACACUAUUACAUCAGACAACCAGGGCCAGAGAGGUCACGGAGGCAAGAGGGACCGGAGCAAGAGUAUUGUUCCCAACCUCUCCAAUGAGCAACCCUAUGAGCAGCAGUCAUCAGUGAGUAUGGUACAGCCCGGACCAGGUUUUGGCUACAACCAGGCUCAUUUUCAACCAGGCCACGGUCCUCAGCACGCGGUCAUGAUGCGUCAAAAAUCUAUCGGUGUAACAGAGGAGGAAAGGCAAUACCUCCACCCACCUGCUAUGAAACUGGCUCGCAGCUUGUCAGUGCCAGGACCAGAAGAAAUCCCCCCACCCCCUAACACAUCUGCACCAGAGCCACCUUUAUCGGCAGGCCCUCAUCCUGGGAGAGGUCCUGCCAUGCCCAUACCCCCUGUAUCUCAACCCCACUACCAGAUCCACUCUCAGCCAGGCCAGCCUACUCAAGCUAGCUGGGAGAGGGGAGGAGCUGGUGGGAUGAACCAGCAGGUCAUGGUUCCCACACUCCGCAGACAGUCGGAAGGACUGUGCAUCAGAGAGCCAGAUGUGCCCAGGAGGGGUGGUGGGAAGAUGGGAGGAUUAAGAAGAGGCUACAGCAGUGCUACACCACCAACGAGUGCUAAGCCUAAGGCCCAACAGGCACCACAACAUCACCCACACGUGCCCAACAGGGAGCAAGUUGGAGGGGUUGGCAGGGGGGUGGCAAGGAGGGGAGGACGGGGUGCUUUGAUGAAGCAAUCAAAAGUGGAAGAUGGGCUGAGACAGCAUCGGGGGAAAGGAGGUGCAGCUAAGGAGAAGAGCUCCAUCCCCAUCCCCACCAUCAUUGUCAAAGCACCCUCCACCAGCAGCAGCGGUCGAAGCAGCCAGGGCAGCAGCAUGGAGGCUGAGCACUCUCAGGAUGCUGAAGACCAAACCUCCAUUGACGCAGCCCCAGACAGCCCCAAUACCAACCUACCCUCACCACUCACCCCUUUGCCACCUCAGCCCCCUAUAUCCACUUCUUUGCCGUCAUCGACUGUUGCACCUUCUGUUUCCUCGCAGCAGCACCUGGAUAAUUUGGAUUACACUUCAACCUUAGGGUCGACUUUUGGAGGAGGAGGAGGAGGAGGAGGAGGGGCCCGCAGGGAAAGAGAACGUUUCAGAGAUAUGAGAAGAAAGAGCGCAUCUUUCUUCCUCUCAUCUGAGGAGGAUAUCCAAGGGGAGGCAGGUGGAGGACUAGGGGAGGCAGGAGGAGCACUAGCGACACGCAUCCAGCCUUUACAGGGCUCACAAAUGGAAGUACCAACACCUCGACUACGGCCUUCUAAGUCUAUAGACGAAGGCAUGUUUUCUGGAGACAACUAUGUCAACUAUUCCAGCAGCAUGCCCCCAGCCUUUGGCCUACCUGAGUAUUCUUCCCCUAUCCUCAGUCAGGAUGGCCAGCCCAAGUCAGCUCCAUCACUGUAUGGCACACAGCCCACUACUACCUUCAUCCACCCACUGACGGGAAAAGUUCUGGACCCCUCGUCCCCACUUGGCCUGGCCCUGGCUGCAAGAGAGCGAGCCCUAAAGGAUGACCGCAGGACACGCCGAGAGGAGAGACACUUUGGUCGCCAGCUAUCCACAGUAGGAGCCUUCCCGACUCCUGUUCAGACUCCAACACCUUCCCUUUUUGCAACCCCGACACAAUCAACCUACACCUCUCCAGUGUCCCUCCACCUAACAUCCCCCACUACCACCACCUCACCUGCAUCUCUGAGUCGACCACAGUCACCAAGAAUAUUGCGUUUGGGAGGAGUAGGAGGUGGGGAGAGGAUGGAGAGAGAAAAGGAGGGAGGACCCAGGGAGGGUCUUAGAGUUCGCUUCUCUGAGGACAGAAACAACCAGUAUUCAACACAGUAUUACCCACAGAGCCCCAGGGAGAGAGAAAAGGAGGUGUACGACACCAGACCUGCUCCACCAAUACAGCCUCCUCCUCCACCAGCUCAGCCUGCCCCCCGCAGACCUUCGUUUCUUCAGAUGGAUAGCACUCCCAACACCAGCUACAUUCCUCAGUACACCGUCCCUACAGCUCCAGCGCAGACACAUGACGCUAUGGGAGAAGCAAGAGCCGGGGCAGGUGGAAGUCUAGGACUGAUGGUUCUACCUCCGCCAGCUCCCUCAAUAGAUGCAGAUGAUGAAUUUGUCUUUGCAGAUCCCUUGCCUCCUCCUUUACAGUUUGCUAAUGGUAAGAAUGAGAGAGUGCAGCAGUUUCCUCAGCAUCAUCAACACCAGAAUCAACAUUCAACCUCUGUUGCUCCACCUCCUCCACCUCCUCUUCCAUCCUCUAAAACCUCAAAUGCUCCACAAUCCUCUUCGCAAGGGGGUGAUUCUGCUGCCUCCAGCCUUACCUCCUAUGACAGCGAGGUGGCCAACCUCACACAAUCUGCUCUCUCUCCAUCUUAUCCAUCCCCACAGAUAUUUCCCCCUUCCUCUACCACCGCCACCACCACCUCUGCUGCUGCUCUGCCUGCCACAUCACUUCACAGACCCCAGCCCAUGUCCCAUUCUCACCACUAUUACAGCAGCUCUAAUGACCCCUCAGUAGGUGUUCACACUGCAGCCCAGGACAGAGGCACAGCUGCCCUUACUACCACUAUGACGUAUGCUACCACUACCAUGACAGCAACUGCUGCCGCCGCCACCACCACAACCUCUCCAGCGUCCUCUGACUACAGCAUGACCAUGGCUGGGCCCAAGGCCGGCCUCGGCACAGGAGGUAAAGCUGCUGACCACACCCAUCAUACGACUAUUAUGCCCAAGAGCGGGGACUGGCAAGAUGCUGUGGUGGACUCCGGGAUUGAGGAGCUCGACAGUCACAGCAGUAGUGACCAUCAUUUAGAAAUGCUGGGACUGAGUGGCUUGAGAGGAGAGAGAGGAGGGAUCGGGGGAGAUGGGCGAGGUGGAGAGGGAGAGAAAGGCGGUGAACAUCAGGACCCUUGCACAACCUACUCAGGUGGGCAAGCAUUUGAGGUGCACAGCGCCAAAAUGGCAAACCCCGUGUUUCCAAAGAUGACUCAUUACAAGGAGGGGGGAGGGAGGGGCCCAUCUGUAGCAUUACGUAGGCAGAACAGCACCAACCCUGCUCCUUUGCAGUUACAGAGGCAAAGCAUGCCAGAAGACGGCAGUUUAGAUGGAACUCUUGCAGACGAUAGGAAGCACAAGCAGAGUCGAUCCAGAAUGGAAGAUGGUUUUAGCUCCACCCUUGCUGCCUGCUUAGAGAGGCCCAUGGACACUCGAUCGGUGGGUUGGGGUGAGAUUGGGGAACACGAGCAAGUCGCAAUACAGAGAGGUGGUUUGCUUAUGGAAGGCCGCAGACUUCACUCACCUCUGUCGGGUGUGAAAGCCAGUAUCAUCAAUGAACUCAGUUCCAAGCUGCAACAGAUGAGCGGCAUGAAGAGCAUGGAUGACUGGAGCCACACUCCAAAGUCACCCACCAUGCAUAGAUAUUCUGCAGAUUACACAGAUGCAUUUCACAGCCCCCCCACUGGCCGCUCCACCUCACCGCUACCUACCUCCUCCCCUCAGCAUCGUCAGAUCCUGACACCCAACCUCUCGGCUACCCCUUCUGUCUCUCCGUCCCCUCAAGUCCCAGUUCAGCGCAACUGGACCCGAUCCCCUUCUCCACAGAUGCCUUCCUCUCCGGUUCAUUCACAUCCUCCCCAUUCUCCAACCUACUGCCCAUACCCAACAUCACCCAAGCAUCGAUCCAAGUUCCGCAGGCAGACUUUUGACUUUCAGUGCAGUCCUACAAAAGAGAUGCGGUCCUCAGUUUCCCGGCGGCGGGCUCCCAGUCCUCUAAUCUAUAAUACUGAACAGUCAAACCCCACCCCUCCCAGGCCCUCCUCCCUCCCUAUCCUCCCCAGUACACCUGUCUACAACAGCCCCUUUGAUUUCCCUGGACCCCUCACUCCUCCUUCUCCUGGCCUCCCUCUAGGAGACCCUUACAGGGCUUCAACUCCUCCACUGUUCUCCCCAUCUGGUGUACCAAGUCCAAACCCACUGCUUGUCUCCCGCUCUCUCUCCCCAACUCAUUUUCUCUCCGGAGCAUCCUCCCCCAUGCAUUUGCCACCCAGCCCUUCCUGUCUCAACUAUCCUCACCUCAACCCUCCUCCACCAGCCAAACCAUUCGCCAUCAAGCCCCUGCCCUACUGGACCAAGUAUGAUGUGGCUGACUGGCUGGUUUAUCUAAACCUGGGUGAACACAGAGACCGUUUUAUAGACAAUGAGAUAGAUGGAUCGCAUCUGCCUUCACUCACCAAGGACGACUUCUUGGAUCUGGGAGUGACACGUGUCGGACAUCGAAUGAACAUCGAGAGGGCGCUGAAGAAACUCACUGACAGGCGGCUUUCCUCUCCUUUGCAUGUCACUACUUCUCCCCGAGACACAGACUGAGAGAGUGAAGGGAUGAUUCAAAGAUGAAAGAAAGGGAGAGAAACAAAUUGACAAAGAUGAACAAUGACAGAAGAUUUGCAAGAAAAGAACAGUGGACAUCAAAAGGUUGUGUUGAACUAAAACUAAGGGAUGGUUGUGUGGGGGAAGAUGCUGUCUUUGCUAUAUACAUGUAGAGAAUACUGCUGUGAAAUCUGUGGAUGGCUAUUGGUCAAGAAAUGGUAUGAAGAAAGUAAGAAUUUUUAAAGAUGACGCUCUUUAAGUGAAAAUAUACUUUCGAACUUUUGAUGGACAGGCAUUUAAUUAACGCACCAUUUUGUGCUGUAAAAGAAUAAACACACAUACAAACUUACACUCAUAUUCUCACACACACACUGACAGAUGGAUUCUCACACCAUCUGCUGCUUAGCAGCAAUGUGAAAACUCAAGUCUGUGUUCAAAGAAAAGUUGAAAAGUUGCUGCUUAAAGGGUGAAGCCCAAUUAAAUGUUCUUGAUUGUGACUGAGCUUAAAGCUCUGAUGACAACAGAAACAUGAGGGCCACAUCCAAACAUCAGUUUCGUAGCUUUAAGCAGAUCAGAGUAUCAAAUGGCUGUGAGUCCUGGAGCCAAAGUCAGAUUAUGAGAGAAAGGGUUUUGUUUGUAAAUGAUGAUAGAAGAAAAUGAUAGACAACAAUAAUAUUAUUGUUUUUAUAUAUUUGCCAUAUUCCCCAAAGGAUGCCCCAAUAAGCUUUGUAUGUAUGUACUUUGCGAGCGCUAAAUAUAUCUUACAUGUUUAACGGGAUUCACUAUUAGUAGAACCAUUUGUUUUGUACUAAGUGCUGAUCGCAAUCAUUCAUUUCAAACUAGUCAGGGUAUUUAUAACUGUUGAAAACAAGUUGUGGGUAAUGAGGACAUACAAAUAUUGAGAAAAUAUCGUUGUGAAAUGAACGUUUUUUAAAAACUUAUUUUCCGGAUUCCUCUACAGAAAGGAGAAGAUAUAUUGGAUUGAAAAGGGUUAGUACGUCAUUUCAAAUCCAUCCUUUCUUAGACUUUAUUGGUGUUUAUGGCCAUAGCACAGGUCAAGGGAUGGAUGCAUCCUCUUUGAUGCCAUAAUGUUGACCGCUCUCUCUCAUACAGCAGGUGAAGUGAUCAAAAAGGGCUUUUUACUGCUUCUCUGUCUGCCUGACUUUCCUCAGCCUUCAGCCUCUGUGAGUCAGUGUGUCUGAUUUUGUGCGUGUGUGUUCGUCAGCCUGCAUUGGUAGCUAAAAUGCUUUCCCUGACGCACACCUUUCUCUUUCUAAUGCCUUUUCCAAAACAUAUUUAUAAAGGUUAGAAAACAGUUUUUUUUCUCACCACUUGACAAUCCCAAUGUUUCCCUGCUCCACACAUUAGCCCUGGAAAAGAAAUGCUCUGACCCACUUUUAAAAAGUUUUUUUUUUUUUUCUGUGAUAAGCUUAAAAUACUGUAUGUGUUACAUCUAGGUGAACAUGAACAUCCUGGAUUUUUUUUAACAUGCCAGUUUAGCCAUUCCCUGCAGUGGAUUCAACUGUAAGGCGAAAAACAGAUCAUUUAUAGCUCUGUAUGUAAUGAUGAUGAUGAUGAUGACAAUGAUAUCAUAAAAAUAUAGUAUAAUAAAGAUUAUAAUAUUAAGUAUGUAAACAUUUAUAAGAAUCUCCGUCUUCCAAAUAGUGUGGGCAAAUUCUUUGAGGCUUUGUUUUGUUUCUGUUUCAUUUUGGGUUUUCUCUAAAUGCUUUCUAUACUGCUCGCCCUGUGGUGACCCCAGUGAAGCUGACACGUUAGUUAAUGCAUAUUUUCUACGUGAGUUUAAAAUUAUGACUGUGUACUCUCACGCUGAGUUGCCUCAAUGCUGUCUCACGAUGGAUGCUACUCUGAAAAGUGGAAGGACUGAGCAGUAGUGUAGAAAGCAUUACAUACUAUUAUUUAAAAGAAUAUUUUAGGUCUAGUGAAAUGCAUAAUGAAUAUGACUACAUACAGUAUGAGCAUAAGUAUGCAGAGAUAAAAAGGUAUAUAUAUAUAUAUAUAAAAAAAAUUAUAUAAAUUUUGUUUUAAAUAAAAUACAGUAUCUAUAUAUAUAUAUAUAUAUAUAUAUAUAUGAUAGAGGUACAACUAAGGUGUUGAAAUAAAUGCUAAAAUAAACUAUG